UUAUCAUUAACAGAAUCAGAACUGUAUAAUCUCAUAAGAGAUGCAUUUGAAAUACUAAAAAUAUAUUUUGAUAUUAUAACAUUAUGGAAGGCUACUAAUGCAGAUUAUCUGACAAAUUGUACUUUUAUGGAUAGGUCAGAAUUUAAUGUACAUCAGAUACGAAAAUAA